AGUGUUGGAAAGUGCCAAGGGGGUGGUGGUUGGUAAGACAAAGCCUUCCCACCCUCACCAACCCAUUACCGUCAUCAACCAACCAAUCAACCAACCACAUUUUGCAAUUCAAUUCUCACCAACCACUCCCAUUUUCCUUUUGUUCAAAACCUCUCAGCUCCACUCCAUCUUUGGGCUUUGCAGUGACAAUUAACUCACGAGGACUGCACAACAAUGGGUGGGGGGCGCAACAAGGUCUUCACUUUGUCUGAGGUCUCUCAGCACAACAAUGCCAAAGACUGUUGGCUUGUCAUUCAUGGCAAGGUUUAUAAUGUGACAAAGUUCUUGGAGGACCACCCAGGUGGGGAUGAGGUCCUGUUGUCUUCCACAGGGAAAGAUGCAACUAAUGAUUUUGAGGAUAUCGGUCACAGCACCAGUGCCGUAGCCAUGAUGGACGAGUACUAUGUUGGAGACAUUGAUUCAUCAACCAUCCCCAGCAAGGUGAAGUACACUCCUCCAAAACAACCUCACUAUAAUCAGGACAAGACGCCGGAAUUCGUCAUUAGGCUCCUUCAGUUUCUAGUUCCCUUGUUCAUCUUGGGUUUAGCAGUUGGUAUUCGUUUCUACACUAAAUCAACGUGAUCAUUUAAUUGCAAGAGCACAUGAGUAUAGGCAUGUGCAAUAAUGUGUUUGUGUUGAAAGACACCAAAUCAACAUGUUUUUUUAUCCUUUUUGUGCUUCAAUGAUGAGGGGUUGCAAGUAUAUGCCGUAUGAACUGUGCUUGUGUUUCCCUUUUCAGUGUAAUUUGCUGCUAAAUAUCAGAUUGCCUUUUCUCUGACAAUGAUUUGCUAAAGGAGCAGUUUUCUGAA